AUGGCGAGGUUCCGGCUAUCGUCUCUUUUGGCUUUCCUCUGUGUACUGGAAAAUGCUGUCGCCCUCCCUCAGGGUUAUAGUGGUGAACCCAAUUUCAAUCUCAAACCUCUCCUCACCGACCCAAUUCGUAAAUGGUCACUCAAUACAACCGUAUCAUUCCCCAGUUCGUCUGCUUUCAAUGCCUCUACAGAGCGCUGGACUAUCGCCGAUCCACCUACUUAUGUCGCUGCCAUCAGGCCUGGGACGGAAGAAGAUAUUGGCAAAGUAAUCAACCUCGCCAAGACUAAGAGAUUUCCAUUUUUGACUAGAGGGGGUGGGCAUGGUUACGCUGCCAGCCUUGGUGAAUUUCAGCUUGGACUCUCACUAGAUUUGAGUCAGUGGGAGUAUCUUGAGAUUGACAAAAAGGCCCAGACUCUCACUGUAGGUCCUGGUAUUACGUUUGCCGAAAUCUUUGACCCUCUGUUCAACGAUGGAUUCUACAUUCAAACUGGGAGUUGCUCAUGUCCCUCCAUGAUUGGUGUUACCCUCGGAGGCGGAAUCGGGAGAUUAAUGGGAAAAUACGGCUUGCUGAUGGAUGCCCUUCAGUCCGUUCGUAUGGUUGGGGCCGAUGGAAAAGUGAUGACAGUUUCAGCGACUUCUCACCCUGAUCUAUGGUGGGGAAUCCGUGGUGCUGGCGCAAAUUUUGGAGUCAUCACGUCUGCUACGUACAAGAUUCAUCCAUUGGUCAACAGCGGAAAUGUUUUCGUCGCCGAUUUCUAUCUUCCGCCGGAGAGAAGCCGAGAGUAUUUCAACAUGGUUGAAGCCAACUACAGCAAUAUGCCUGCCAAUUUAGCCCAGGUAAUGGUGGGAAUCUGGAAUAGGACCACCAGCUCUGUUCAACUUGUUGGCAACUGGGUUUACUAUGGGACUGAGAAAGAGGCUCGCAAAGUGCUGGCCCCGGUGUUCAAUCUGAAUGCUACUUCAUCUACUCGAAUUGUUCAAUGGAACAAACUAGUCUCGUCUAGUGGUUUUGACGAGUUUAUCUGUCAACCCAAUCAGCCACGCUCUCUUUUCAGUUUAAACCAGAAGAUUUACUCUGCUGAUGGCUACCAGGCGGGCUUCAAGAAGAUUGAAAAGUACUUAUAUGACCAUCCUGGUGGGCGCGAUACAACGCUUGUCAUUGAGAAUUUUCCCAACCAGGCCGUCGUUGCAGUACCUGAUGAUUCAACCGCAUUCCCAUGGAGAGAUUUCAAGGGCUUCAUCCAAGUUAACUUCGCUUGGAUGGCUGGCGAUGAGGCCACAGCACGAGCUUCCAACAAACUCGGGGAGGAGCUGCGCAACCAGUUCGCUGCCACAUCUGGAUACUCUGAGAAGACUGUUUUCGUCAAUUAUGCUCGUGGAGAUGAAUCCAUUGAGAACAUUUAUGGCAAGAGGAAGUUGCCUCGCCUGGCCCAGUUGAAGAAGAAAUAUGACCCGUCCAAUCUCUUUGCUUACAAUCACCCACUCCCCAUGCAUUAUCAUUAA